AUGGCAAUCCCAAAUCCGAAUGGUGAUGGGUUUAUUAAAGAAACGAUGUAUGUAGAAUAUGAAUGGAACCCUCUCAGGUGCUUGACAUGUUGUGUUUUCGGUCAUUCUAAUGACUCGUGCCUAAAAAAUCCAAGGAAAGCUGUUUCGUCGGCUAAUCAGAAAAAUGUUAGGCAACCUGGCAAUCAAGGAAGCCGAAUGACACAAAAGGGGCAAGCAGUCCUUCUCCAAUUGUUGCCAAUGGUUUGUCUAGCCACUUGGAAUAUUAGGGGGUUGAACCGCCCUCUGAAACAAACGGAGGUUCGUCAGGUGGUUAGGGAAAAUGGUGUUAGCUUUUGUGCAGUGCUUGAGUCUCAUGUUGAAGUUAGUAAACUGGAUAAAGUCUGCCGAUCAGUCUUUAGUAAUUGGGAGUGGACAUCUAAUGGGGGCCAAUGUGAUAAAGGUACUCGUAUUAUUAUCGGAUGGAAUACGGAUGUGUUUGAUAUCAUGGUUUUAGCUCAAACAUCUCAGGUUAUUCAUGUUCAAAUGAUAUUCAAGAGAGAUAAAAAGGUUAUUUUCUAUUCGAUAGUGUAUGCUUCUAAUUCUUACAUUACGAGAAGAGAGUUGUGGAGUCAUUUGGCUAGGCACAAGAUUCUGGUGGCAAAUAAUCCGUGGGUGAUUAUGGGGAAUUUCAACUCUGCUUUGAAUUUGGAAGAUAAAUCUAUGGGAGCUUCAGGUAUUUCCACUAGUAUGCGAGAUUUUCAAGAGUGUGUAAACGAAAUUGAAGUGGCGGAUAUUAAAAGCAUAGGUUUCCAUUUUACAUGGAACCAAAAGCCGAAAAAAGGCGUUGGGCUGCUGAAGAAAAUCGAUAGGGCCAUGGGUAACAUUCCGUUUGUUAGCAAAUUUCCUAAAGCGGUUGCUCUGUUUCAACCAUAUAGAGUUUUCGACCAUUGCCCUUGUAUUCUUAAAAUUAAUAAGAUGGAGAAGAAAAGAGCCAACUCGUUUAAGUUUGCUAAUUUCUUGGUUCAUAAACCGGGAUUUAUGGAUAUUGUGAAGAGUAACUGGGACCUUAGCAUCAUGGGGGUUCACCAGUUUCGUUUGGUUAAAAAGCUGCGUGCACUAAAGACUACUCUUAGAUCUCUCUUAUACAAGCAGGGUAACUUGCAUAAAAAGGUAGAUGAGUUACGCGGGAAGCUGGAUGCAAUUCAACGGGAGGUUGAGAAACACCCAUUCGACGAAAACAUUAGAAGUGAGGAAGCUAAUGCUACUCGUGAAUUCCAAGAAGCGAGCCUGGAUGAGGAACGUUUUUAA